CAUAGAGACCGCGGCCACCGCCCCCCUCUGGGGAAACGGAAGGAGAGAGGUUGCGGAGUACCAGUCCUAGCACCAUGGAGGUUGAGUGCGGGACUCCUAUCCUGUUUCUGCCUCAGCCCCGAGAACAAGAGCGGAAACUGCAGCAGGAGAAGCUCUCCGGGGUGGUGAAGAGCGUUCAUCGGCGCCUGCGCAAGAAAUACCGGGAAGUGGGUGACUUUGAUAAAAUAUGGCGUGAACAUUGUGAGGAUGAAGAAACUCUCUGUGAAUAUGCUGAGGCAAUGAAAAACUUGGCAGAUAAUCACUGGGCUAAAACUUGUGAAGGAGAAGGUCGCAUUGAAUGGUGCUGCAGUGUAUCCCGAGAAUAUUUUCAUAAUGGUGGAAAACGGAAAGCACUGGAAAAAGAUGAGAAAAGAGCAGCUCUUGCUACUAAAAGCAUUCAAACUAUCACCAUUCAUGCAAGUUCAAAAAUGGAAGUUUCUACUGAUAAUUCAAUCCAUAGUUCUGUAAUGGAUGAAUUGCUACAUCCUUCAGGAAAGAUAAGAUUACUUGAUGUUGGCAGCUGCUUUAAUCCAUUUUUGAAGUUUGAAGAGUUUUUGACUGUUGGUAUUGAUAUUGUCCCAGCUGUUGAGAGUGUCUACAAAUGUGACUUUUUAAACCUUCAAAUUCAUCAACCUCUUCAACUUGCACAGGAUGCCAUUGAUGCUUUUUUGAAACAGUUGAAGAAUCCUAUUGAUUCCCUGCCCGGAGAACUAUUUCAUGUUGUGGUCUUUUCCCUCCUCCUUUCUUAUUUCCCUUCACCCUAUCAGCGAUGGAUAUGUUGUAAAAAGGCCCAUGAACUACUUGUAUUAAAUGGAUUGCUCCUUAUUAUCACUCCUGACUCUUCCCAUCAGAAUCGCCAUGCUAUGAUGAUGAAAAGCUGGAAAAUUGCUAUAGAAUCUUUAGGGUUUAAGCGUUUCAAAUACUCUAAGUUUUCUCAUAUGCAUUUGAUGGCCUUUAGGAAAAUCUCACUCAAAACAACAAGUGACUUAGUGAGCAGGAACUACCCAGGGAUGCUAUAUAUUCCCCAGGAUUUUAACACUGUGGAAGAGGAGGAAUUUUCUAAUAAUUCCUGCUAUAUCCGAUUAGAUGUUGAAAAUGAACAACUGGCCUGUAGUUUCAUGGAACUUCCAGAUGCUCCUUAUGAUUCAGACUCUGGAGAAAGCCAGACUAGCUCAAUACCCUUCUAUGAACUAGAAGAUCCUAUAUUGCUUCUAAGUUAAUGUAACAAUUAAAAUCUGCUUCAGAGUCCAAAUUCCCUUGCCCGUAAAACUAAUUUUGCUAAAUUGCCAUCUAUUCUGCACAUGAAGUGUUUACAAAAAGGAACUGCUAAAGUUUUUGAAAACUAUUGCUAUUUUUUGUACUUAUAAAUUUUAAAAUGUAUUCUUGUAUUGAAAAAUUAACAUGUGUUUUAUGCAGAAUGGCUCAUGCCAUAGCAUGAACAGAGUUUACUUAGUAAUAUUCUAGAAAGUUACCAUUCUACCAUUCCUUUCCAGUGCGGUGAACUGUGAUUAUGCAUUCUCUGCUGAUGUGCCCUGGUUUGAUACUUUUAAUGCUUUUGACUGAGAUUCGUGAUAGUAUUUCUCAGAGGUUUGCACAAAAUAGAUGAUAUGCACUAUUAAAUGUCUAAAAGAUAUGUUUAGAAAGCUUUGUUAGCCUUGAACUUGAACAAAAGUUUUGAGUUAAUGUUGAUCUGGUGAGUGAAAAUAACUCCAAAAUGACUUCACUUAAGUUGUAUUUGCAACUGAAGCACUUUCACAAAAUACAGAUUUUGUUACCUGUUCAAAUUCAGUGAAUAAAAUAUAAUACACCUAAGCAUAAACAGGGUUUUUUUAGUUAUCACACAACUUGUUUAUUCAUGCAAUUGUUUCAAUUUCACGGCUUUACCAAAUGUUUUUAAUCAAACUAAUAUAUUUAUCCUAAACAUAUAUAAACAUUUUAAGGAAUAGGAGAAAAUAGAAGAUUGUUGCUUAAUUCUCUGUCUAGAUGCCAGAUUAGAUAGCUAAUCUUUAUAUAAAGAUAUGAAGUUCAAAAUUAAGAUUAAUUUCAUUCAUUCUAGUUAAAAAUGAAUGAUAAUAGAUUUUGUUUUUAAGAACAACCCCAACAUUUCCAUUCUUAGCUGGCUCAGAAAGUUACAUUCAAAUAUCUAAAGAUCGCUUCCUGACUUAGUAACUGAUUAAAUAAUUUAUGUUUGCAAAUCUGAAUGAGAAUGUAGCCAGUAUAAUUUAAAAUAAACAAAAGAAAAAUGUAAAAAUCAAAAUAGUUUUACAGUUUCAAAAAUGAUAUUAAUAUUAACCAUUCAUUUCAGGAAUACCACUGCUUACUUUGAAAGGAAAGUGUUUAUUUCUGAAAUGUAUUUUUUAAAAAAAAUUAAAAUGCUUUAUCACUAACUUUCUUGCACUAAAGUUUCACAACUGACUUUUAGAUUUGCUUUUUGCCUUGUGUGUUGAGUAAUUCAUGGUAUAAACCUUAUAUGUUAAACCUUAUUUAAAUGCAUUCACUGGUGAGACAUGAACUAAAUAAAAGACCGCAAUUUUUAGCUCUGAA